AGUGACUAUUCAUUUGACCCCGUGACAACUGCAUCGCCCCUCUUCAACGGAGCUCCUGGCGAUUACUUAUCGGACACCCGCCACCGCUUGAGAGCCAGGGGAUUGGGCAGAUCUAGAGAUAUUGUCGAACUGGCUCAAAAUUCAUCACCGCAUAGCCCCUUUAUCACCCCCGACGACCCUAAUCCUCUUUUACCCAUCACAGCUCCCGCCUCGGUAGGGAAUCCCGGCUCCCAAACGUCAGAGUUCCUGUCCGCAUCUCAACCCAGUUCAUCUACCCCUCGGACCAACCGUCGUCGCCGCCUUUCGAGCCCCCUAGAUAACCUUGGUCCCUCAUCAGCAGGGACCGGACACCUUCCGCGAAUAGCACGUGAGACUACACCUCAAAGUUAUCCCAGCCUUGGCCGACCGGACGGCCGACCUCCUUCCCCCAAGCGCAGGCGCCUGGUAAUCAUGCGUUCCGAUGGAAUAUCAACAGAAAAUGGCAUCCCAGACCCCUCGAACGAAUCACUUGCAUUGACUUCGAGGAAGACGGGUUUGAAUGGGCAAGCGGCAACCAACGGGAGCUCUCAUACAAAUGGCUCUAAAAGGCCACCCCAGUCCUCUACCUACUACGGCCACAACAGGGAGGAGGUGACGCGAAUUUUGAUACAGAGUCUAUAUGAGUUGGGUUAUAAUGGGUCGGCAUCACUGUUAAGCUCGGAGAGUGGCUAUGAACUGGAAACGUCAGGGGUUGCAACGUUCCGGAGUGCGGUGUUAGGCGGAAAAUGGCCAGAGGCUGAGAGAAUCUUGAUUCAGUCGUUUCGAAAUGCCGGAUCACAACAGGUCGAUCGGAAAUCUCCACAAGAGGAGACUCUGAUAUUAACAGAGGAGGCCGAUAGGAACGAGAUGCUAUUCUAUCUCCGACAACAGAAAUUCCUCGAGUUGUUAGAAGCGCGCGAUCUAGCUGCAGCUCUCAACGUCCUUCGGCAAGAACUGACGCCCUUGAAUUUUGACGUUGAGCGACUGCACGCGCUAUCAAGUCUUCUUAUGUGCUCGACCGAAGUCUUACAUGCUCAAACGGGAUGGGAUGGCUCUGUUAGCUCGUCUCGUGAACGACUGCUUGGCGAGUUGUCAAAAUCUAUAUCUCCUUCCGUGAUGAUCCCGCAGCAUCGCCUGGCCGUUUUACUAGAUCAAGUCAAGCAGACUCAAAUCAACAACUGCUUUUAUCAUAAUACCGCGGAACCUCCCUCGCUCUACUCUGACCAUAUGUGCGACCGAAACGAUUUCCCAUUGGACGUCAGUGUGGACUUGACGCAGCACUCAGAUGAAGUGUGGUAUUGCGAGUUUUCUCACGAUGGCUCCAAGCUGGUCACUGCAGGCAAGGACCAUAAUGUGCUUAUCUAUAACACAACCGACUUCAAUGUUAUUCACAGACUUACGGAACACGAGGGUGGAGUUGCGUUCGCCAGUUGGAGUCCAGAUGACUCCAAACUAAUUACUUGCUCGCAAGAUAACAAGGCACGCGUAUGGAGUGUCGAGAGCGGUCGCUGUCUACUCACAAUCAACCACCACCGUCAACCGGUGACUGCGGCUGCCUGGACGGCAGAUGGUGAAUCUUUUGUGACAGCCUCUCUCGAUGCUGAAUCACAGCUCCGUCACUGGAGCAUGCGAGGUCAGUCUUUAUACACGUGGAAAGGCGGAUUCCGUGUACAGGACUGUGCUAUUAGCGCCGACGGCCGACGCCUUGUUGCUGCCGACACAGAAGGGAAGGUCCAUGUGUACAACAUGCUCACAUAUGAGGAAGAUUACUGUCUCCCACUGCCGAGUAAACCGACUUCGGUUGCUAUCAGCAAAGACUCACGGCAUGUGCUUAUAAACCUGGCUGAGGGCGAGAUUCAACUAGUUGACAUGGAAACUACUGCUGUUGUUCGUCACUUCAAGGGACAGAAGCAAGGCGAGUUUGUGAUUCGCAGCACAUUCGGAGGAGCAGCUGAAAAUUUUGUCGUCAGCGGAAGUGAAGACUCGAAAGUCUACAUCUGGCACAAAGAAAACGGCAAUAUCGUAGAGACCCUGGAAGGACAUAUCUCAGGAUGCGUUAACUCAAUAUCAUGGAACCCAGCAGACCCGGGGAUGUUCGCAUCAGCAGGCGAUGACAGUGCACUGGUCUCGAGACAGCAAUCGAUCCCGUCCAGUGGGACCAGUCCAACGCAGCGGUGUACUCUCAAAUGGAGUUACGCGGACUAG